AUGACGGGACAUGAAGACCGGGAUGGGACUGUCAACGAUACAGGUAUCGAGUCACACUGCGCUGAUGUUGGAUAUAUAUGCCCAGUCUCAUCAAUUUUUGAGGACAUGGACUUUUCAUGGUUCGAUUCUGGACUUUUGGAUCUUACUAUGGGCACACCCGGUGACAUGGCCAGUUCUGAGGCCACAGUAGCUGCCCAUAAUAAAACCGGCGAGAAUGAAGGUACCACGCUAACUAACAAUGGCUCCCAUGGUCCUUCAUUUAGGAGCCGGUCAGAAGCUUACCAGCUAUGUGCCUGGACAUCAUGGCAACCUUCUAGGUUUCAGCAUUCCUUCCAUGGCCAGGACGUCAUCAACCUAGGCCCAGGCAGCAGGAGAGAGAGAACUACUCUGUUGAUGAAAUCCUCGACAGGACGAAUGAUCGGUAGCACUCUGGACGAUGCAUGCAGGGAUCGCCUGUUGGUAUUGGUGACUGCGAUGAAGAUAUCUCACUUCUCCAUACACUCGUUUCCACCCGCCGAGUUACUAAACAACCUUGUGCGAUUCUUCUUCAUCCAGGAGAGCGCAUCUCUAGCACCGAGCAUCCACGCAGGCACAUUCUCGUGUUAUCACGCGCGGCCGGAAUUACUCCUUGGAAUCAUCGCCGCUAGUGCAGUUAUCGUUCCUGAGCGUCGGAUCCAGGUGACAAGACUCGUCAUGCACGAGAUCCUUCGCAGAGCGACGGGACAGCUAUACGAGAGUGAUAAUAGCACCACGAGAGAUCUGCAGGCCCUCCAGGCAUACUUGAGGGCCCUGGAAGUCGGAGCCUGGAGCGGGCUUAGGCGGAAAACUGAGAUUGCGUGCAGCUUUAUGCAGCCGGGAUAUACUAUGCUGUUCCAGGCUGGGGCCUUCUCCUCGCCACCUCAGCCAGACUUGGCUAGACAUCUUGAACAUGGGGCUGAGGAGCUUGAUGCUGUCUGGAAAUCCUGGGCGAUGAAGGAGUCACUGAAGCGUCUGGCAAUCCGCGCUUUCAUCCAUGACUCUCAGGUAUCAAUGGCUUAUUUCCAGGCACCGGCGAUUAGCUAUGCCGAGUUAAACAUGGCAGUUCCAUACCCGCCCAACGUAUGGUUUGCAGAGAGUCCCGAAGAAUGGAGACGAGAGUUCUUGUUUUGUAAUAGUGGAUCGCGACGGCUGCUACUGACCGAGAUUCUGGCCGAUGUCACAGUCCUCGAAACAUGCCGUGGACGGACUGAUCUACACCUCUGUUGCUUUGCCACUAUUUACGCGAUUGCCAAUCAGGUAUGGGACCUCCAGCAACAAUUCGCACUCCUCUUCUCGGCCCCCGAAGCCAAAAGACGCCGAAUGGAUUCAUGGUGUAUGAGCCGACAACGCGACCUGUACCAAGAUCUGAUCGCUAUCCGUAUGUACUGUAAGAGGCAUGUCGCACACCAUGAGAUUCGACUGUUGUUAGAAUACGUCAUGAUGGUCCUUCAUGCUCCUAUGGCCCAUAUACAACGCUUUUCUGGUAGAGAAGGAGAAAGCGAGGCGAGGAGAGUAGAGCCCAUUAACUUUUAUGCCGUGGCGACGUAUCAUGCUGCUCUUGCGCUUUGGACUUACAGCAUACUUGGUAACAGAAGUCCAACGCGGGCUGAGAUUGCGAUCUUUGAUCACAACGGCCCAACCGAUUGCUGUUCCAUAAUUCCGGUCAUCCUAGACGGAGAGGAAAAUGACGAUAUCCGCGCAUUCUGGACCCUGGGGUAUGGAACGCCGGGCCUCAGCCAUAGUGAGCAGCUAGGAGUAGCAGAGACUUUCUGUACACUCGCAGAUGCUGCAUUAAUCAUGCGGUUAUCGGCCGAUACUCUACGUGGUAACCUACUCUCUACAGACCACGCCCCGCCGCUGUUAGUGGGCAACCUGAUUAGCCUGAUGGAGGACCUGGGCUCGUCGCCUAGUUAA